GUCUCACGUGGCGGCGGUCCUUCGGGCUACUUCGGGGCUGAUCCCUUCAGGGAGCAGGGUCGGACCUGAGACACCCCAAGACAGGCAGCCCAGGAGGAAGCGCUGUGCUCACCACACCUGGGUUCCAUGGCUUCAGGAGCACUUAAGGAUCCUACACAGGGCCAAGUGACCUUCCAGGACGUGGCCGUGUACUUCUCCUGGGAGGAGUGGGCUCUUCUUGACGAGGCGCAGAAACUGCUGUACUUUGAUGUGAUGCUGGAGAACUUCGCCCUGGUGUCCUCCCUAGGUUAUUUGCAUGGAGUGGAAGAAGAGAAGGCACCUUUUGAGCAGAAUGUUCCUAUAGAAGACAUAUCACAGAUCUUAAUGACCUUCAAGUACUUGGCCUUGACCCUCACUUGGGAGGAGUGGGAGCAACUGGACCUGACCCAGAGGACCAUGUAUCGGGAAGUAAUGCUGGAGACCUACAGGCUUCUGGUCUCACUGGAUGCACCGAUCUCUUGGAUCCUCAUUUCUUCUAUCAUUGGAGAUCUGUCACCUGGGAUCACUUUACAACAUCCCGAAAUAAAAAGUCCUUAAAUAAGAAUUUCGUUAUCUGCAGGUUAAAUUUACAUAAAAAUUCUCAUUUUUGACCUGAAGUAGUUU